UUGCAUGCUCAUUUUUGCUUCUUCCUAUUUGUCAUCGGCAAGCUUCUUAGAGAUGGGCCUGCUUUACGUUCUCUAUUUGUUCGCCUGGGCUGCCUUGCUCAACUCCCAACUCAAUGGAACAGAUGCCAAAAAUCUUGGAGUGUGCUACGGUCGCUUGGGCGACAACCUCCCACCACCUGAGCAAACCGUCCGUUUGUGCGAUAUCUACAAGAUCGGACGGAUGAGGAUCUACGCGCCCGAUCACAAGAUCUUUCGAGCCCUCAGCGGAUCCAACGUUCAGCUCACCGUGGGGAUCCCGAAUCACGAGGUCCACGGCGUCGCUGCGGAUCUUAAAGCGGCUGAGUCAUGGUUCGGUAGCAACAUCCAACCGUACGUUGGCCGUGUGCGGUUCCGUAACAUUGUCGUUGGGCAUGACGGCGUGAUCAACGAGAACUCGGCAGAGGAUGUGCUACAAGCAAUGACCAACUUGCACACCACAGUAACAAACCACGGUCUCCAACACAAAAUCAAGAUCACAACCGAAGUGAACCCAAGCGUGCUCAACAACGACUACAGCAUCUCUGCAACCCAAGGCUCAUUCAAAUCCACUCCAAAAUCAGGCAUUUACAUGCAACCAAUAAUCAAUUUCCUCUCAUCUCACAACUCCCCUCUCUUCAUAGUAAACUACCCUCACAUUUACUACCUCUCAAACAAACAUGAGAACCCUAACGUUAACAACAACUUUGAUUCCACCGAUCCAAUGAACAUAUUCUUCUCGAUCAUCGAUGUUUUUUACUCGGCUAUACAAAAGAUCGAGGGAGGAGAGAAGGUUAAGAUCGCUGUCGGGGAGACUGGCUGGCCUUCGGCUGGAGAUGAGGAGAUUGCUAGCGUUCGGCAUGCGAAGAAGUAUGUUUGGGAUUUGUCGAAGCAUGUUUUGUCGAAGAAUGGGACUACGUUGAGGCCGGGUGGGCAAAUUGAGACUUAUGUGUAUGCGAUGUUUAAUGAGGAUAUGAGGGAGGGAUUGUGGAAGAACUUUGGGAUGUUCCGUACUGAUUUGAAGCCGGUUUAUGACUUCCCUCCCUUGAACUAAGUAGGAGAUGGUGAUGUAUUUGAAUAAGUUCGACACUUUGUGUCUAAUAUAUAUGUCACAAAUAAAGCUAUGGCAAUAUAUGGUCUAUAUCAUGCAUAUAUGCUUGUUUGGAAGAAUGCAUGCAUGAAGGCAAGUUUGAAACUUUGAUUUGGAAUAAAAAGGUGUUUGAAGUUUAAUAU